CAUCAACUAUGUUUACCUGGCACUAACAGGUAUUGAGCAUCUUAUUAUUAAUUGCAAAAUGAUUAAAAAUAUUUUUCAAAUAGAGUAAAAUCAUGACACUCAUACAGAUAGGAAAUGAACACAUGCUAAAAGAAAAGGUUAUUAUAACAUGUUCAAAAGGGAAACGAAAGAGUUGAUAUGGGAGUAUUCAUCAGGAAUAUUAAAUGAUUGUGUAAAUGGAGGUAAAAUUGGUUUCAUUAGGUGAAGGACAACUGAACCUCUACUAAGGAAUAUGUUUUACAUGUAUCUGUGGCCUACAACUAACAAAAACCUAUGCAAGAUUUCAGAGAUAAUGUUAGGCUAGAAUCAGAUAACUUGCAAUGAUGUCCUGAAGAUAGAGCAAAAAUUUCCAUUGAAACACACAUUUAUUUUUACAAUGUCAAAAUCAGGUAAAAAGUUAUAGUUCCCUCAAAAUCAGGAUUCAGUCAUUAGGGUGACUAGGUCAGUGUCACAGACAUUUCUAAGCUGAGGUCUGAUCAGGGACCAGUGAACACCAAUGAAAUCCCAAAGUCUAGGAUGUCACAAAGGCAGCUAGCUCCCUGACCAAUCAGGGCCUGGAGCAGAGAGAUACAGUGGGCAGGACGAAGUGCCAGUGUCCUUAGAGACCUACUUGAGCUGGAGAAUCAAGCAUAGCUCAGCAGAGCCAUACCAAGCAAACAUAAUGUCAGAGACAAAGAACUGUAAGAGCUCCCCUACAAAUAACAAUCAGAAUCAAGACCCUUCUAGAAAUGAGCUACAGGUCCCUAGGAGCUUCGUUGACCGCCUUGUUCGGGAAGAACGAGAUGCCCAAAGCCAGAGUUCCUCUGUAAUAAAUAGCCUCCUUACCUUGCUUGAUUGCCUUGGUGACUACAUCAUGGAGCAGGUAGGCCUGGAGGCCAGCCACAAUGACAGUAUGAACAACAUUUCACAAGAUGGGGAGAGAGAAGUGGACAACAACCGUGAGCCCAACCACCUCGAGAGUGAUGUAAUCUGCUUUCUGUUGGAUGAGAUGCCCAAAUCUGAGAAGAAUGGCUGAAGACUGGGGCCCAGAGCCUGGAAGGGAUCCUAACAGGCUUAACCAGGGCAAAAACGAAUCAUAGCUGAGGAAUCCCUGCUGUUGUCAUCAACAAGUGCUAUUAAAGGAUGUAAAUGCAUGAGUA